AUGGAUCGUGAAAGAAGGUUUGACGAUGGCCGCCGCGGAGGAGAGAGCUAUCGCCCACUUGAGCGCAACUUCCGCCGCUCCCCUCGGCCCGAUAACCGGUCGUUUCCACCACGUAACCGUUCACCUAUGAGGCCAUCUGCAGAUACAUGGGCACCACCAAGCAGGCCACGACCGCGGAGCCGCUCCCCUGACAACUUUAGGCCACGAUCGAGAAGCCCCCCAUUUAGAGGCCGUGAGAGAGGCCCAAAUUUUGGCAACAGGCCCCGUUCUCCCCCCAGACGACCAUCUCCCGGGCGCGAUAGGCCUCCAAGGUUCAAUCGGAGGUCACGAUCCCCGCCUCCGUUCGAUAGGAACAGGAGUCCAGGAUUAAAGCGUGGCCGUGAUCCAUCCCCUUCGACCCUCAAUGCACCUCGUGCACCAAAAAGAGAGCGAAACAAUUCCCCUCCGAGAAAUAGAUUUGACCGUCCACGGUCUCCUACCUUUAACGAGUCUAUGCAGCAGCGAGAUGCAAGGUUUGGUGCCCGUAGGCGGUCUAGGAGUGCUGAUAGACGAAGCUUGCGAGGGGAUCCAAAUGGCGGGAGGGGACCACCACCGCCCCCUCGGUCGCCAUCUAUAACAGAGCGCUCCGGUCCAAAUUCAGCUCACGGCUCGGCCGCUACUUCUCGGCGAUCUUCUCCCCCCGCCCCGGAAAGAAUGAAUCGCAACUACUCGACCCCUUCGGGACAUGGCCCACCUCCUGCAACGUCACGGUCCCAGUAUGAUAGCCCCCAUUCUCACGGAAACGCGCCUCGUUUUCCUGAAGGAAACAGGAGGCCCUCCAGUCGACCUCCUUCACCAUCGAGAAGGCCUUCAGCCAAUCUACAAUUGCAAUCACCACGCGCGCAUGAGCCAUCGAGACCAUCUGUUGAAAACGAACUUGACCGUAGUCAGAGCACUCCAAUCAGGCCUCCAACUGGCCCUCGCACUGAAAGCAGCCCUUUAAUCCAGACUCAAAGCACCAACGUUCCAGAAGGAAUAUCCCCUCCUCUCGGCCCCUCUGCGGCUUCGAGGUCAAUGAGACAGUCCACACGCGGAGGCCAUAUGGCUCUAUUGUCCGCCCCAACCCGUCCCAAAGGCGCAUCUGGACAAAAUUUUAACAGGGAUGGGCCCCCUACUGGCCCCCGGGAAAAUGCGAGACCCGGCCCUGGUCCUGGCGCUAGCUCUAUACGGCGUGGCGGCUCCCACGCCUCAACACCACAUCACGGACACCCUCCAUCUGGCCCUCGAGGUGCAGGAGGGAGCCCUGCGCCUGGUCCCGCACAUGAAGCAAGGCCUCGACCACCGUUUAGACAUGGAAGUGGGCCAUCCGCAAACUACCCGCGUGCACAAAGAACUACCAACCAUCUAGCCGGACUACCUACCAUUGUCCCUGGGGGUAAAGUAUUGCCUUCUGGCCUAGAUCCCAUCACGGAGAAGCGAUUAGCCCAGCUAGAAACCGACAAGGAGAAACUUUUGGAGCAAAUUUCUGAAAAACAAAGAGCAAAGCGAGCCUCUCUCAGAGAAUGGGAGAAACUCUGCAGAGAGAGUGAAAAUGCCGCGUUGAGAACCGAUCUUGCAGACGGCCACCUCCAGAGAAUGUCUGAAACCGAAGGCAUCGGAGGCGGCGUUGCCUUUUAA